CAUUUGAGAACAUGAAUGAGUAAAGGUACAAACAGCUCUAUUAUAUCAGUGCAUUACAUGUAAGCAGAAUGGAACAUGCAUCUGGCCAGAAAGCAGAAGCAGACUUUUGUGGAAGCCCUGAUACCCUCCUAGAUAUCAUCCAAAGGACUCUCAUCCCUGGAACUUUUCUCUUCAUUUUGGUCAUGGGUCUGUUGUUAAACAUCCCCAUUAUCUGGAUCCUCACUUUCCGCAUGAAGCAUUGGAAUAGGAGCACUGUUUUCCUCUGCAACCUGGUUUUUGCUGAUAUCACGUGGAUCUUAACUCUUCCCUUCCUGAUUUAUUAUCAUCUCAACCACCUGCGCUGGCCCUUUGGGGAUUCAUUUUGCAAAGUGAUACGGACAGCCUAUCACCUGUUCUACUACUGCAGCAUCUACUUUGUCACCUGUCUAAGCAUGGACCGCUACUUGGCCAUAGUCCAUCCUCUGAGGUCUCUUUGGAUCUUAAACAAGCAUCACGCUCAGUGGAUUUCUUGUUGCAUUUGGAUGGUGACUGGAUUGGUCAGCCUACCUGUUACAUAUAUUGCCAGCACUCAGACAUGCCUGAACAACAAAACCAUUUGUUCCCUCUAUGUAUUUUCCAAUUCUACCUACAUCACCCUCCCUCUCUCAGUGAGCUGUUCUAUUGGUGGGUGCUUGCUGCCUUUUGGAGCCAUCUGUUACUGUUACUGUAGCAGUGUGAGGAAACUCCAGGGGAGUGGCAUACAACACUGUCCGAAAAGGGGGAAAGUCACCAAGCUCAUGUACUCUGCUUUGAUUGCGUUUGCUGUGCUCUACUUCCCUUAUCAUCUCUCAAGGAACACCUGCAUCUUCUUACGGGCCAUCUGGCCUACCGCUACUUGGACCAUUCAACAGGCAGACACCUUAUUCCUGAUCAUGGUGGCCAUCUGCAGUCUGAAUACCUGCAUCAACCCUCUUUUUUGUUUCAUGUCUGGAGAAGACUUUCGAGAGCAGGUUUGCAAAUUGGCAUCCUCUUUCUGUCUCAUCAAAUGGUGGAAGGACCAACGACGAUUGGGAUGGAUUUAUCCUGUCUGAACCCUUCUCCAAACCAUAGCCUUUUGGGGCUGAAGCAACAGGGAAAGUUACUUUUUAACUAGAACUUUAGGAUUCUUCAACCAUCUCUGGGCAAAGAUUGAAAGGUUCUGGGUUUUACAAUCUAAAAAAAUAAAUUUGUCAAACUCUUCACUUACAAUGAAACAAACAUUCAUGGAGACCACAAAUUUCAAAUUUUUGCUGUUUUAUUGUUGUGUCUUCAAUUUGUUUCUGACUUAUGGCAAACCUAUGGUGAACCUGUCACAGAGUUUUGGGGGUUUCUGAAACUGAAAAUGUGCGAUUCAGCCAAGAUUACUCAUUGGGUUUCCAAGACUGAAUGAAGCUAGUAAUAAAAUGAUAACAAAAUGCUUUAAAAAUGAGGACGUAUAUCUGCAUAAAUCCACACCCUAAAAUAAUACACCCCAAAGUAAUUUUGGCAUCAAAUUAAUUACAAAGUGGCUGUUUUCCUAUGUAGUAUGGCUUGAGUUUAUAA